CCUCCGUCUCCUCUCCGUCACUGCCCGGCUCCAGCGGCGCUGGCGAGAGAGAGUUUGGCGGCACGCGGAGCCGGGCGAUGCUCGUGGGGGGAGGGGGGGCUAGGUUAUAAGGUGACUACAGCAAUGAUGAUGACGGCGACAAAGAAUUGAAGAGGUGGCCCUGUCGAUCAUUGAGCGAUCUAUGGACCCUGACUGCAGCAGCGACAUCAUCCGUGGUUGUUUCACCCGUGGGUGAGCGAGCGGCUACCGCUUCAUCGGUGCAUGCGAAGGCUGUUUCGUCCUCUCCGAGUCUUUCAAACAAAUCGAAGCGAUGACGAAAACCAGGAGAGCUUAGGGUGGUCACGUGGCUUUAGCUGCUCAAGAAAGCCUCGCAAGCGCUCGCAAAGGACCUUGACUCGGCGUAAAGAAGAUUUGGAUUGAGGCCCCCCGAUUACCUGGCAGCAGCUGCUGCCGGUAGGAUGAAGCUACCGGACUUUGUGGUGCACGAAAGCUGCUGCACGGCUGCUGAGCGCGGUGGCGUUGGGGUUGGGGGGGUGGUGUUGUGUGCGCGUUAUUCUUCAAGCGCGCCUCUUAUCUGACCACGUGGGUGAAUGAUAAUUCCGUGAGUUUGGACCACGUCCGAUGGAGUCCGUGUCCUGGACUGGAGCGGGUAGACACAGCGAGCUGCAGUGAGGGGCGGGUGUCUUCCCCGUGAGGUGUGCGCCUGCCGUGGAAGCAAUCGCGCUGAAGGUGCGUGCUCCCUCGGCGCAUGUGAUUGACUGACAGUGAAAGAUAGACGCGCAGGCAGGCAGACGACUCGACAGACGCAUGGAGAGAUGGGCAGCUAGCCGGACAGACAAAUAGUCGAAUACGCAGGCAGAUGUACAAAUAGGCAGAUGCGCACGCACGUAUAGCUAGGCGUUGAGCCAGCCAGACGGACAGAUAUCCACGCAGACAUACAGCUAGACACACAUCGAGACAGCGAGCCGCAUAACAAGUCAGCCAAGCGGGCAAUCGGACAGCCAGACAGCCAAGCCAGACGGACGACCAAACAGCCCAACAAGCGAGGCAGCGGUAGACGGACACGCGGACGAGACUACCCCGGCGUGUCCCGGGCGAGCCCCAUGCUGUCCCUGCUGUGUGGGAAGAUCAUGCCGGCCGAGCGGGGUGCCCUGUGCCGCGAGGACACGAUCCGCAUCGUGGAAGACAUGAACAUGCUCUACAUCCGCCAGCUCGCCACCAGCCUGCAGGACGCGGGGCUGCAGGCGCGCAUCGAGCGUGAGAUGCGCGUGCGCGAGGGCGCGUGCCGGCUGCUGGCGGCGUGCUCGCGCGCCGAGCAGGCGCUGGACGCGGCGCGCAGCCUCCUGGUGUGCGACGCGCGCGUCCUGGCGUGCAUGGCCGAGCUGCAGCGGCGCCAGGAGGCGCAGGUGCUGCGGCGCGCUCAGCGCAGGUCAUCGGACGGGGGCCCCCAGGAGAGAGUUUCCUGCACAGGCACCGUCGCCAUCACAGAUAUCCGAAUUCCGUUGAUGUGGAAGGACACGCAACACUUCAAGAACAAGGGUGAGUCUCCGCGGCACGCCGUGUUUUGCCUGCUGCGUCUCGGCUCCGAGAUCGUCGACACGGAGAUGGUCCUGGUCGACCGCUCCGUCACGGACGUGUGCUUCGAAGCUCCCGCCGUCUUCCGCGAGGCGAGCCCCGCGUUCCGCCUGCGCGUGGAGGUCUACAGCUGCUGCGCGGCCGAAGACUCGUGCCGAGUGGGAGGCGGCUCGGCCGGCACCCAGGUGGGGGCCAGGGGUCUCGCCGGGCGGAUCAGCGGCUCGCUGGGCCGCUCGGCCGGGCGCAGGGCCCGGGCCGCCCUGGACACGUCGCCUCGAGGGGACGCGCCAGCCUCCGGCGCCGCCGCCGCUACCUCGCCGCCCGUCACCACCGUGGUCAGCGGGCCCAAGUAUCACCUCCUCGCCCACACCUCCCUCACCCUCGACGACGCCCAGGACGGCUUCCGCACGCACGACCUCACCAUCACGGCCACAGAGGAGUGCUCCUUCUGGCUACCGCUCUACGGGAGCAUCUGCUGCCGCCUCGUGGCCCAGCCGCUGUGCAUGACCGACGUGCGGAUGUCGGGUUCCCUCACGCUCCAGCAGCAGCAGCAGCAGGGCCCCCCCGCCGAGUGGCCCCCCACGCCGCUCCACGCCGCGCUCAAGGCCGGCGCUCUCUCGGCCUACGCGAGCCGGGCAGCGCUGGACGAAGGCCAGGCGCCGCUGCUCAGCAUCGCCGUCACCAAGGAGACACGCCUGCGCGUGCUGGAGCGGGACGCGUCGCGGCACCGCGGGCCGGGCUUCACCAUCACCAACGUGGAGGCGGGGGCGGGGCGCACGCACGCCCUCACCACGCCGAGCCCCGGCGACGCGCACCGCUGGCUCGAGGCGCUGUGGCAGCACCAGCUGGACGCCGAGUCGUGGAGGCAGUGCUGCAGCAGCCUCAUGAAGAUCGACGCCUCGGCACUGAGGAAGCAGCCGUCGUUCGGGGGCCACAGGGGCAUCUCUCUCUACGAGCAAAUGCGAAUCGACCUCCCGGAGAUCCCAGCGGAAAGCAGGAGCGACCCGGAGACUCGGACGGACGAGGGGGCGGCACCGAGCACCAGCGGCAGCUCCCACAAUGCCCUGCAGCGCCCGCCAAGCAGGGGGCGGCACUUCCCGCCGGCGACGUCGGCGGCUCCGGCGGCGGCUCCGGCGGCGGCGGAUAACGACAGCUCGACGUCCGACAGCGACACAAGCAGCCCGGCGCUCCGGUCCAAGAAGCGCCGGGCGCCACCGCCACCGCCAGGCGGCGGCCCGCUAAACGAGACAGCGAGCGUCGACGACGCGGAGCCCGUGUGGAGGCCGCGCUCCAUGUCGCUGGACCCCAAGCUGGUGAGUGGGCCGCAACGCCCGGGAGGCGCCGCGCUGGCACACCGCGACGGAAAGGGAGCGAUCGACGCGACGGCGGCGACGGCGACGGAAGAAGAAGCCGAAGCCGCCGCCAGCGGCGCCGGCCGUCGUCACCACGCUUCGUCGGGCAGCACUGCCUCCAGCGUCGGCAGCACCGCGUCCAGCAUGAGCAGCGGUGUCGGCAGCAGCAGCGGUGGAGGCUCGGCGAGUGAGGCCGCCAUCGCGGUCGGGGAGACGGACAAGGGAUCGGACGACGGACAGAGUGGAGACCGGCGCCGCUCGCCUCUGGCGAGCACCGAUCGAGGAGCCGCGCCGUGGCGCCGGCGGGACGAAAAGCCCGAGCCGGAUUCCGCGAGCCGGAGCGGGAUGAUUGACACGUUUGGCAAUGGCGGGCGCGGAACGCGGUGCCUGCAGACCCCGGUGUGAGCGCGGCCGAGCCGGGACGCUCCGUUUCAGUUUCGUUUUAAUUUUGUGUUUUUAGCCGCUCUGAGUUGCUGGUACAAUGACGGUUUGUGACGUAGUUUUGUUUUUGUUCACGUAAACCACUCGGGAGGGAUGUAAUGAUUAAAUCGCCUGAUCGAAUCGAUUGCUAGUCUCGCGUGGAAUCGCGAGUGCAAGAAUCGUCUGAUUCUGAUUUGUGUAUGCAGUGCUGUGACGCAGGGUUCUCAGUCGCAUAAAUAAAUAACCAAGCCUAGAUCGAGUUGUGACUAUACAUCGAAUUGGAAGAGGGCGACCGACUCGUUACAUCCCAACCACUUAGCGUUGUCGCGUGUUCUUGAAGAUCAAGUUCUAAUUGUGAUUAUUAUUGUUGUUCUUGUUUUUGGGUACUUGAUCAUGAAGCACGCUAGCCUGCAACAGAGUGCGUUCCCCGUGAUUCGUGAUCGGUUGCAUCAAUAAUUAUCGGUGUGUCAGUUGAGCUCCACACAAUACAACAUUAUUAUUACUACUUCUUUACUAUUAUUUAUCGUCGACAUGCAAUGGAUUCCUGUAGACUGAACGGUUCACUAGGUGCUAAGACAAUAACUUACAAUUAAUAUAUAUAUUUUU